AUGUUCUACAACCACGACAUCCUCGCACGCCGCAGAACGGGGCUUGGCCUUGUCUGGCUAGCCGCUACCCUCGGCGACCGGAGCAUCGUCCGGCGUCUCAGUCGCAAGGAGAUCCUCGGUGUCGAAAUCGACAAGGUCUGCGACUACGUGCGCCGACCCGGCGAGCCGUUGGCACUGCGACUCUCGAGCCAGCUCAUGUACGGUGUCGUCAAACUGUACGGCCUGAAAACCGAGACGCUGUACCAUGACGUUGCCAACGUGCACAACGACGUUCGGCGACGUAUGCUCACCAUGUCCACUACAACUUUUCCGACGCGGGAUAUCGACAUGCGUAAGCCGCUCAGCAGUGUGGAAGCAAUUACGCUGCCGCUGGACCUGGCGUUUUUCACGUUGGAUUUUGAUGACGUUACGGCGAGGUUGGUGCAUAGAUGGAGUGUGGAGCCGUCGGAGAUGUUGUUGGCGGAGGACGCGAUGGAAGAAGGGUUCCGGACGCCGACGCCCGCGUCGUUCGUGGCAGAAGAGGAGAGGAUCACGUUGGCGGACAGAGCGUUUGAAGAGGAAGACUUGGGGAUGCCGAGAGGCUUCGGCGAAGGGGAGGAGAUCGGCGGAGUGUUCGGAGAAGGCGCCUACGAUGAUGAGGAGCCAGAGGGACUCGAUCUAGGUUUGGAAGCUAUCGAGCCACCUUCUGCUGCCAGGCCCGCACCGUUCAUUCCAGGCGCUCUGGAAGCCGUCCAGCGUCCGGGAGUGGGCGACGAAAUGGCAAGCACCAUCGGACCACUCGUCGAAUGGCCCGAGCUUGAGGAACGGCUUGCAGAAGAAGCUGCGCGAAUGGCGCUUGGUCCCGACGGCAUCCCCACUGUCACUCCCGCCCGCCGACUCAGAGACGAACAAGAAGCUGCCGAAGUGGAAGCUCUCCUUCGAAGGGAUGCUCGACGUCCGCGCACUGCGCCACUUCCAUACGAAGACCGCGAAACGGAACUGAGUGACACGCAGCUUCGCGAUGCUCGAAGCGACUAUCCGCGACGUAUGGCUAAGGAGCGAGCGGCACGACAGGCUCGCAACCGGAGAGCUGCUGCCGAGGCUACAGUUCGCCAAAGCUUGCUCGGACCUCCCGAAGACUUGUCGCUUCACCCGAUGCUGACGAAUCUAUGGAGCAUGACCGUGGGAGAGCACCUUGUUUCACGACGAGCCCGUUUCCUUGCAAUGCGGGCCGAAGCUGGUCUUGCACCCGCGGAAGAAGCUCCGCCUACACCGCCUCCUCCUACCCCCGUGGAUUUGGAUGAAGAUGAUUUCGCCGAGGUUGGAGUUGCUCGAGCAGCGGAGCCGGAGAUCCCAGCCGCGCUUCGGGGUGCCCGGGAGUCUCUGCCGUGGAACGUUUUCAUGGAGCAUCGUCGACGUUCGUCCAUGAUGCCUUCCAUCUCUUACGAUCGACCUCCUCCUUUUGAAGAGCGCGAAACGACGCCGCUGCGUCUGCGCGAGCUGUCGGUCGAAACGCCGACGGGACUGCGUCGACUGCCCCUGCACGAGUCGCCGCACUUCCCACUAGCUUCGCCAUCAACCAUCGCCCCACUCGAAGAGUUCUACCAGCGUCCCUACUCUGUACCGGGAACACCGUCCGUUGAGAGGUUCCGACUGAGUCUGCCUGCUGCAGGUGGAGUUGCGGUGGGAGAGCGGUCUCCCACUCCACCGUCUGCGGUGUUUGAGCAAGACAUGGAGGAGCAGACACGCAACUUUCUCGAAUACUCAAGGUCGAUUCGAGAGCAGUUGGAAGAUCCUGAUUUCUUGUUCUUUAGCGAUCUGGCUCCUCUUCCUUCCAGCACGCCUGCCGUUGCAGCGCAGGCGUUCUACCAUACUCUGGCGCUCGCCACCCGCGGCAAUUUGCGCGUUCAGCAGGAUGAACCGUGUCAAGAGAUUAGAAUCUCGCUCAUUGCUCCUUGA